GCCAUCAGCCUCAAUAGCAAAGCCAACAAUACUUGAGCUUUGCGACCCGUCUUCGCACCGCACAACCGAAGCGGGAGGAACCCAGAAAAGCUACACCACGACAUCUUCGAUACCUGCCCCAACCCAAUCAUCAGACGGGCCCACGUCCCGCCUCCGUUGCGCGUUUCCUCCGCCGACAGCACGAAAUCGACGACAAGGGUAUCACCAGCCGCGAAUCGGAGCAUCCCCCCGAACACCAGAAUGUCGGAGAACUUUGUCACCCCGGGCCAGCAGCGCUACCUGCGCGCAUGCAUGGUCUGCUCCAUCGUCAUGACGCUGACGCGCUUCCGCGACGAGGGCUGCCCAAAUUGCGAGGACUUCCUGCGGCUCCAAAACUCGCCCGAGCAGAUCGAGAGCUGCACGUCGCAGGUGUUCGAGGGCCUCAUCACGCUCGCGGACCCGUCCAAGUCGUGGGUCGCAAAGUGGCAGCGCCUCGACGGCUACGUCAAGGGCGUCUACGCCAUCAAGGUCUCGGGCCAGCUGCCCGAUGACAUACGCGCCGCCAUCGAGGACGAGACCGGCAUGCAGUACAUCCCACGAGAUGGCAGUGCCACCGAGGCAGAUGUUUGAGCUGGCGGUCGAGGGGGACACAUCGAUAUCAAGUUGCUAUUAAAAGGAGUUUAAUUAUUGGGGCAACCGUCAGGGCGUCAAAGGUUCUAAACGGCGCAUGUUCUUUUGACAAAUCUUAGCGAAUCAAUCACUAUUUCAGGCA